GGUUCUCUCCGGGGAUGGGUGAGGGAUGCCGGCCGCGCUGAGCGGGGCUGGGCUGCGCUGGAGGCGGCUCCUCCCUCUCGCUAUUUAUUCCUGAGCCGAGCUCCGGAGCUCGAUCGCCUCGGAGCGAGCGCGCAUCGCCUUCCGAGCCGCCAUGGCCAGGCUCCCGGGGCCCUGCUGCCUCCUGCUGCUGCUGCUGCUGCUCGGCGUCUGCACCGACCUCGCCUCCUCCAAGAAGGGCAAAGGCAAACCCGGCGGGGGCUGGAGCACGGGGAGCCACCGGCAGCCCAGCUACCCCCGGCAGCCCAGCUACCCCCAAAACCCCGGCUACCCCCACAACCCGAGCUACCCCCACAACCCCGGGUACCCCCACAACCCUGGCUACCCCCAGAACCCCGGCUACCCGGGCUGGGGGCAGGGCUACAACCCAUCCAGCGGAGGGAGUUACCACCAGAAGCCGUGGAAGGCGCCCAAGCCCAAGACCAACUUCAAGCACGUGGCGGGGGCGGCGGCGGCGGGCGCCGUGGUGGGGGGCCUGGGGGGCUACGCCAUGGGCAGGGUGAUGUCGGGGAUGCAUUAUCGCUUCGACAGCCCCGACGAGUACCGCUGGUGGAACGAGAACUCCGCGCGCUACCCCAACCAGGUCUACUACCGCGACUACCGCGGGCCCGUGCCGCAGGACGUCUUCGUGGCCGACUGCUUCAACAUCACCGUCACCGAGCACAACAUCGGCCCCGCCGCCAAGAAGAACGCCUCGGAGGCCGGCGCCGCCGCCAACCAGACGGAGGCGGAGCUGGAGACGCGCGUGGUGACCAAGGUGAUCCGCGAGAUGUGCAUCCAGCAGUACCAGGAGUACCGCCUGGCCUCGGGCAUGCGGCCCCACCUCGCCGACGCCUCGCUGGCCGCCCUGCUGCUCCUCGUCCUCUUCGCCCUGCACUAGCGCGCCCCGCGGCUUCUUGAGGUGUCGCCCGUGUCCCCGUGGGGUCCCCGCCCCGUUCUCGGUUCUCGCUUGCGGUUGUUUUUGGUGAGGAGCCCCUGGGGCGCUCCCCGGAGCCUCCACGGAGUAUCUGGCUUAGGCAACGGGAUGAAAAUUUCCUUUUCUGCCCCAAACGCGUCCCCAGGACAGCGCUGGAGCCCAAAACCACGGCCUUCACCUCCUCCUCCUCCUCGGGGCCACCCUGAAGGGGACCAGGCAGAGGGGAGCUCUCCUUGGCACCCCUGCAGGAGUGUGCAAAAAAAUCCUCUUUAUUAACAGGCAGGGUUUUAUCUCACCCCUCAGUCCUGCUGCCACCACACCCCCCUUCCCUGGGGCACCCCAGCACCUCUGGGGAUUUCAGAGAGGUUUUCAGGCUGCCAGGUUGCAAUUUGAACUGUUUAAUCCUAAAAAAAUCCCCUUCCCCGUGUACAUGAGGAGCUGCCGCUCCGUACCCUGCAUGCUGCAAAACCCCCCUGCAGCAACACACCAAAAUAAAGUCAUUUUUUACUCCCCACCACAGCAAGGCUGAAACACCAGUCAGUCUUUAGAGGCAGAAAGUGCAGCUGAAUGCCUGAAACACCCCCAAAAUGGUGUUACAGGCCAAGAAAAAGCUAUUUUGGAUGCUCUGGGUGACAAGAUGUGUUCAUACUUCAGCACCUGGACCUAAAGGACGUUAAAAUGGAGCAAAAAGGAUUCUCAGGGGGGUCAAGCAAGUAGCAAGAGAUUGAAAUCAGCUGAACCACGCUGGUACAGCAAACAGCAUCGGGAAAAAUGGGCCUGGGAAGGGAAAUGCUUUAAAAAAAGUCACAUUUGUGAGUAAUUCCUUUGCCCUGUGGAAGCAGCGGGUGAAAUUCUUGCUUCUCGUGUCGCUGCCGGGCUGGGGACGAGCUGUAACAUCUGUGGCACUGCUCUUGUCGAACCGAGCUCGAUUUAAUAUCUCUCGUGUAUUUUUUUCUUUUCUGCAAGGCACUGAAUAACACUGUCCUAAAUGAGAUUUUUUUUCUUUUUUAUUUUUUGCAUUGGUGUAAGCUAAGUGAAGAUAUAUAUAUUAUAUAAAAAAAAAAAUAUAUAUAUAAACAGAGAGAAAAUAAACCUUUCAGGAUAGCCACCGGAAAAGCAGGGCUUUGAGGUGCCCCGUACUUUGCGGAUGUUUUGUAAACCUGUCACGGUGCAUGCCCGGGAUUUGCCGUGCUGAGCCUUUUCUAAGUGUUCCACGUCUGGUACAAAUUAAAACGGAUCAAGCCAAGGUGCCCGGCAGCCUCCUUCGUGCGCCAGCCCCCGGCUGGCCCCGCGGCGCCGCCAAACAGAAGCGGCAUUUUCUGCCCUCCCUGUCCCCCCUCCCCGGCCUGAGGGAGCCUUUGUUCCCUUCCAGCACCAGAUUUGGCCCAAACCCCACAAUCCCAGUUAACCUCUGCUCCUCCCCUGCUCCCUCCCAUGGUAUCGCUGCAAUCCAAGAAGUGUUUUCUAAUUUCUGUCUCAUUCCAGUUUCUGUCUAAUAAAGGAGUUUUUACAUUUGC